CCCCCCCUUCUCCCCACCCGGCCCCUCCCGGCCGCCGCCGUACCGGAACGCGCCGGGGAAGGACCGGGGAGCAGCGGCGGGAGGACAGAGGAACGGAGGCGGCGGGAGCGGGCCCCGCGGCGGAAGAUGGCGGCGGGCGAUGGCGCGGCCGAGGGCGCCGCGGGGCCGGGGCCGGGGGCCGGGGCCGGGGCCGGGGCCGGGGCCGGUGUCGUUCGCCUUCAGCCGCAGGGCCGAGCGGCGGCGGCCGCUGCCCGCGGGACCCUGCGCGGAGCCCGGCGCCGGCGGCGACACCGAGAGCGACACCGACUUCCUGACGGCCGUGGAGGGCCGCGAGCUGCUCAGCUUCACACGCGGCGGCCGGCCCCGCCCCCCCAAGAAGGAGCUGGUGAUCCCCCUGAUCCCCUCCCCCCGCUGGAGGAACCCGGAGCCCCCCCUGCGCCCACGCUGGCCCCCGCCCCCAACGCUGGCCCCGCCCCCAGCACGGACCCCGCCCCCAGCACAGACCCCGCCCCCAGCGCGGACCCCCCCCUCGGUGGAGGCCCAGGCGGUGCAGGAGCUGCUGCAGGAGGGCCCCGGCAGAGCCAGGAGCAGCCCCCGGGCCAGCCCGGACCCCCCAUGGCCAUCCCCCUGCAGCGGCCGGACCGGAGCGGGGGACGGGGACAGGGACGGGGACAGGGACAGGGACAGGGACGUUGCCAACGGGGCCACAGCCGAGUGCCCCACCCCUGGGACCCCCCAAACACCCCCUGGGACCCCCCAAAGUGACCUGACCCUGGGACCCCCCAACAUCCCCCGGGACCCCCAGACCCACGCCCCCCCCCGCUGCCCGCAGACCCCCCAGGACUACGAGGCCGUGCCCGUGGGCCAGUUCGGGCUGGCCAUGCUGCGGGGGAUGGGCUGGAGCCAGGGCCAGGGCAUCGGGCGCACCUUCGCCAGGGUGGUGCCCCCCCUGGAGCAGCCGGCCGCGCGCCCGCGGGGUUUGGGGCUGGGGGCCGAGGCCGCCCCCCCCGGGGGCCCGCGAGCCCCCCCAGGGCGGGGCCCGGCGUGCGUGGGCGACACCGUGAGCAUCGAGGCCGGGCCCCACCGCGGCCUGCGGGGCCAGGUGAGACCAGUACGGACCAGUACGGACCAACCAGUACAGACCAGUACGGACCAGUACAGACCAGUACGGGGCAGUAUGGGGCAGCGCGGGGGCGGUAUAGACUGGUACAGGACCAGUACGGACCAGUAUGGACCAGUGCAGGCGCUGCUGCCCGAGGCCGAGGCGGGGCGCUGGUGCGGCUGCAGCUGGGGGGGGCAGGGUGGUGACCGUGAGCCAGCACGGGCUGCGCCCAGUGAGCGCCCGGUGAGUGACCAGUACGGACCAGUAGGGACCAUAACCCCCCAGUACCCAGUGAGUGACCACUACAGACCACUAUGGACCAGUAUGGACCAGUGCCUCGGGGCCGCCCCCCCCAGGAGGGGCCGGAGGGGGGGGCGCAGGGAGGGGACCCCCCGCGGGGGGGGGGGCAAGCGCAGGGAGCCCCCCCCGAGCGACAGUGGAGCGCGAAGCAGCCCCGGGGCGCCCCCCCACUGGCUGCGGCGGGACCUGCGUGUGCGCUGCGUGGACACGGCCUUCCGGGGGGGGGUCUUCUACAACUGCAAGAUGACGAUCGAGGACCUGCUGGCCCCCGACACCUGCGUGUGCCGCACGGACGACGGGCGCCUGGUGGAGGGGCUGCGCGAGGCCUCUCUGGAGACCGUGGUGCCGCGGGGCAGCUCCGAGCGCGUCAUGGUGGUGCUGGGGGAGCACGCGGGGCAGCUGGGCCGGAUCCUGGAGCGGGACGGGCGCCGGGGCCGGGCUCUGGUGCAGCUGGGCCGGGCGGGGGCCGCGGUGCUGCCGCUGCCCUUCGACAGCAUCUGCCUCUACCUGGGCGGCGAGGACUGAGAGCCGGCACGGCUCGGCAUGAGAUGGGCAACCACGGGCUCGAGACGGGCAACCACGGGCACGAGACGGGCAACCGUGGGGGGGAA